AUGGAGCCAAGUCCAUCUAUGACGCUCGGCGGGCAAUACCUUGUGUUCACUUCCGUGGCGGAGCUGGAAUCUGACGCCAUUAUUGAAGCUCUCAGACCUAAACUCAAAACCCCUAUCUAUUCCAUCGGCACUGCAAUACCUAAUUACUUCCCUAUCCAAGGCGAUGGCGAUGAAAUUAGCUGCCCAGAUUACCUCACCUGGCUUGAUGCUCAACCCGCGAAUUCUGUGUUGUAUAUUUCUCAGGGAAGCUUUCUCUCACUUUCGGCUGGGCAGUUGGAAGAGAUCGUCGUCGGCGUCUGUGAAAGCGGAGUUCGUUUCUUCUGGGUGGCGCGUGAAAACACGGAGCGGCUGAGGGAGAGAGGCGGUGGUGGCGAGCAAGGGUUAAUAGUGUCGUGGUGUGAUCAGCUGAGGGUGUUGCACCACCGUUCUGUUGGCGGCUUUUGGUCGCAUUGCGGGUGGAACUCUACCAAAGAAGGGGCGUUCGCCGGCGUUCAUUUUCUUGCUUUUCCGAUAGCUCUUGAUCAGUUCACAAACUGCAAGCAGAUUGUGGAGGAUUGGAAGAUUGGGUGGAAGGUGAAGAAGGGGUGUGAUAAUGAUGGUAUAGUGAGAAGAAGAGAAAUUGCACAACUUCUGAGGAGAUUUAUGGGGUCUGAGUGUAAUGAAAGUAAAGAAGCAAUUCCGGUCAGGCAGGCAGCGAACCAGCAGAUCGGCUCAGUAGCAUAUUUCGUGAUAGAUGGACAUGGCUCCAUUUUCCGGCCGACGAACGUUUUCCGGUGA